AUGGGUUCUCAUGCUCCAGUGACUGUAAACCAGCACAAUCUGACCCUGGGACUUCGGUCUCUGGUCCAGGACUUGGACCAGGCCUCACGGAUCCUGGACUGUGUUGAGACCAAACUGAUCCGAGACGCUCUGCUCCUCAUCAAACCCAGUCUGGACUUCCUCCACGGACAGACAGAUCAGACUCUGUUCUUCUCGGAGCUGCUCUCUCGUCUCUGUUCGCUCGCGCCCUUGUACUCGUCUCUGAUUGGUCGGUUGUGUUCCGAGUGCGAGGCCUGGCUUCUGUCCUGCACUGAGCCCAUCCUCAUCCCACACAGCAGCUUCCUCCAGCCACCAGGGGGCGCUCUCACACACACACUCACCGGCCUGCAGGGAGGAGUGCAGUGUCUGGUGGUGAGUCUGGAGGAGGAACUGGUUGUUGCUGGAGACGAUGACGGAGUCGUCGCUGUUUGGAGUCUUCCAGACGCUCAACUGCUGCACACUCUGCUCGGACACACAGCUGCAGUUCUGGCGCUGUGUCUGACUGGCUCCGCCCUCUGCAUCUCAUUGGCUGCUGACAGUUCUAUGAGGAAGUGGAGUUUACUGAGCGGGAAACAGGAAGUGUGCGUUGAAGACGUGACGCCACCGGACUGCGAGCGCGUCGAUCUGAGCGUGUGCGAGAGGAGGGGCGUGGUCACGGUGUCCACGGCAACGCAGGUGAAGGUCUUCUGUGUGGAUGGGUUCUCGUUGCUCUGGACCUUCUCGGACUCGGACUCUAAGGUCCUCGGGGUCUUGGAGGAUUCUGUGGUGUCGCUGAGUGGAGCUGGGACGGUCCGGAUUAUCCAUGGUCUAGACCCAAACAAAGACCCGGUCCAAGUCUUUCUCCAGAACCAGACCGGAGACCAGACCGGAGACCAGACCGGAGACCAGACCGGAGACCAGACCGGAAACCAGACCGGAGACCAGACCGGAGACCAGACUGGAGACCAGAACAGAAACCAGACCAGAGACCAGGUUCUGACCAGGACUCUGACAUUCUGCUCGUCUGUCGUUCUGAGCCGCAAACAGAAAGUCCUAGUCGUGUUUGAAGAAGAAGUUGUCUACCAGAUUUCCAAAGAUGGCCGACACUCGUCGCAGAAGUUUCCUUUGGCUCCUUCUUUGUUGUGUGUUUCCCCCGACGAGAAGAUCCUGAUGGCAGGCUCAGACCUGGUCCUGGUCUUGUUCCGGGUCCAGGGGGAGCGUCUUCAGAAGUUCUUAGAGCUGGUUCACGAUGAUGAGGUUCUGACGGCCUGCGUUUCCUCAGACUCCAGGAUCCUGUUCAGCGGAGCCCGAGACCAGCUGCUCCGGGUCUGGUCCAUCACCACAGGGGCCCUGCUGGACUCGCUGUGUGGUCUGGACUCUCCGGUCUCAAGUCUGGCUCUGGCGUCACAAGGUUCCAUUGCGUCGGCGUCGAAUGUCUCCACCGCCGUCAAACUGUGGACGCUACGUUACGACACACGCCACAAGCCGACGCCCCACAUCCCCACAGGCUCCGCCCACUGCACCCUGACCAGGGACUGUGACCAGAUCUACUACGUCCAGAACCAGGGGCACCAUGAAGUCCUGAGCUGGAGUCCAGAAACCGGCUCUAUCACAAACCGAAUGGCGGUCUCGGUCCCGGUCUCCUGUCUGGACCUGGCUCAGUCCAAAAGGCUGCUUCUCUGUGGACUCGUUAGCGGAACAGUCUUCAUCUACCCCCUGUCCAGUCCCGAGGAGACCCUGUGCAUCCCGCCUCCCGAGUCCCUGUCCCCGGUCCGGAAUCUGGCCCUGAGUCCCAACGAGAGCCGAAUAGGCGUGGCCUACGAGGACCAGAUCGCCAUCUUCGUCCUGAUGAACCGCGAUGGUUUCCCCGCCAUUGAAGGACCAGAGACCAGACUGGAACUGGGACUUCUCCACGGACCAAUCACUGCCUGUGCCUUGACCAGCGAUCACAGCAGAGUGUCCUGUGUCACUGUGAGCAACUGGGAAACUCACAUCCUGAUCGGGUCUGAAGACACCACACAGAGACUCUACGGACUCAAGAACUGCAGACUGCAGCACACCAUGGACUACAAGGGUUUCUUCUUCGAGGGAGUUCUUUGCGCCGCUUUCUCCGACAGUGACCAGUUUGUGUUCACCGGCUCCAGAGACCGGACCAUCAAGGUCUGGGGCGUGACCACAGGGAAGCUCCUCCUGGUCCAGUUCGUGUACUUUCCGGUGGUUCGUAUGAUUUCCUACAAAAACGGCUUCGUGGCGUUGUCCAAACAGGGGACCGUGAUCCGCGAGACGUUCCGCUGCCCCGACCACAUCAGCCCCGACUUCAACCCGCUGCGGACGGUGCGGGCGCAUUACCGGGUCACCUCCAACCCGGACGGCCCCCCCGGGGAGGAGGGGCGGGGCCAGAGCGACGGCAAGGCGGAGCUACAGCAGUUUAACCCCGCCCACCUCAGCCUCGCCGAUGAGCAGGAUCAGGAGGAGCAGGAUCAGAAGCGGCAGGAUCAGGAGGAGCAGAAUCAGAAGCGGCAGGAUCAGCAGGAGCAGGAUCAGAAGCGGCAGGAUCAGCAGGAGCAGGAGCAGGAUCAGCAGGAGCAGGAUCAGAAGCGGCAGGAUCAGGAGGAGCAGGAUCAGCAGGAGCAGGAUCAGAAGCGGCAGGAUCAGGAGGAGCAGGAUCAGCAGGAGCAGGAUCAGAAGCGGCAGGAUCAGGAGGAGCAGGAGCAGGAUCAGCAGGAGCAGGAUCAGGAGGAGCAGGAGCAGGAUCAGCAGGAGCAGGAUCAGGAGGAGCAGGAGCAGGAUCAGCAGGAGCAGGAUCAGGAGGAGCAGGAGCAGGAGGAGCUGAUGGUAAAUGUGAGCUGCAGGGGCUAA